ACAAGGUUACUGGCUCUGGUUUUUGGACCCUAUAAUACUUCUUUAUUUUAUGAGUUAUAUUUAUCCCCAAAGCACAGAAGAAGGAUGCGAGUGAUGCUCCACAGAUCUGUUAUUUACUCAGCAACCAUAAUCAGUCCUGAAAGUAAAAUCAGAUCCACUAUGACUAAGGCCAGCUACUGUUUAUUUCAUUGGAUUUCCACUGACCCUGUUGUACAACAGCUUCAUGGAGGGGCUGUGGCCUCUUCACCCCCUUCUGCAUCCACUCACUGCCAUAUCAGUCUGCACUACCGGUGUAUCACUUGCCUAAAUGGCAGAGGUCUACAAAAGAACACUGUAUAGCUUUAACAGUAAUAUGUUUAUAUCACAUCCUUCAGGCUGUACAACACAAUGGCUGUAAUUGCUCACAAUUGAUGUGUAGUUCCAUCAAACCAGUUUUAGAGAUCUACUAGAGACCCAUCAAACAACAGGAUGUGCAAUAUAUCUUUCCUAUGACAUGUUCUAGAGAUCUACUAGAGACCCAUCAAAAAACAGGAUGUGCAAUAUAUCUUUCCUAUGACAUGUUCUAGAGAUCUACUAGAGACCCAUCAAAAAACAGGAUGUGCAAUAUAUCUGUCCUAUGACAUGUUCACACUUCAGACUAAAGUGGAGAAGUGGGCCGUUUUAUCAUCACCAACUCCUCCAACAUGCACUUUCCCUUUCCCCUGUUACUGCUGCCAGCAGCUCAAAGCUGAAAAGUAUGCUCUGGCUGAUGACCAUAAAACUUGUUCUCUUCAAAAAAUAAAAACACAGUUUGAACCCUUUGGCUCAGGAAGAGACUCCAGACAGAAGGGAGGGUGCCUGGCACUCGGGGGUAUUUGUGCUGUAACUCCUUUAGUUGAUGGCGGAGCCUUUCAGUGGAAUACGUGGUGCCCAAAUGGAGUAUUUGGCAUGCAGAAGGCCUCUCUGAGAGCAGAGUUGGAUGGUCUGCCUGCACUCCUCCUCUCUUCAAAAAGCCACAGUAGGAAGGCUAAUGGGGAGCUGGCAGGAAACCCAGUGCAGAUGGAUGAAAGAGAGAAGAGGGGAGCAGGCUUAAGGCAAGGAGUUGAAGAGAGCGGGAGGAGAAACUUCAGAAGCAGGAGAGCUCCAGAGGAUUAAGCAUGUUUGAGAUGACAGAUCUGGGAGGUGUUUUACUUUUCAGGCACUUGAGUCCCACCCCCCAUCUCUGUACGUACAGUAAAUGAGGUCGGCAAUGAGGAUGAGAGUGAAGGUCCAAAGAAGUGCACUUCUCUGAUUUCUUGAAAGCCAGAACGUUUUGGAGGAAUUCCGUUUGCUAUCUGAUCAAUCAAAAUGUUUGUAUGACUGAGUGUGCUGCUGACCAAAGAUGAUUUAAUUGUUUAUUUUAUCCAAAUGCAAAUGCAUCCCUCACACCAAAAGACUGGAGGAGUAAGUGUACUUGUUGGGACAGUCCAUGAUGAGAAUUUAAGUGCCACAUUUAAACUGCAGUAUUUAUGUUGAUGUUGAGGUCAGUCAAGUGUUCGACAAGACAAUGUUUUUGUCAUAUUGUUGCUCUAUCCAAUACAACUGAAUUACCAUAACCUUGUAAAGGUGUUUUGUCACCCAUUGAAAAAUAAACAAAGGUAUAUAAGCUGCAGAACUUUCUUCCUUUCAAAAACCGACUCGAGUGGGAAGACACUAUAAGAAACUGGACCUGCAUUCGUUGAGAGUAUCUCACUAUACACACUGCUUCCUCCAAAAAUUCCUGUUGCUGGAACACAAUGAAGCACAGUAGAGAUAGAUUGUUCCACGGAAGUGUCCAUGGCUGUGUGACUGCAAGGAAUUUUGAGUUACAGCUUUAGCUGACUUUGAGCUAUAUACUGCUUCGUUGGCGGAAAUAUCUAAUAUUAAAAGCACAAGAAUAAUCAACAGUUCUUUUCAGCUUUUAAAAAGACUUAUUAAUAUUAUCCGAACCGGUAGCAUACCUUACUGAAAAGAAACAGAAUAGAACGAGGAACGGGUUUAUUUAGCGUUCGUGUGUGCGCGCGUUUGUGUGUGUCCUCCCGCGCGCACCCACGCGUCAUUGAAACACCUUCCAAAAGAGGGCCAGCAUUUACUGAGUCCCGGGCGACAAGGGAACUGCGACUCCGUUUUCCCUCAGACUGGCUACUCCUUGGUACACACACAAGAUCCGGGAGCACUGAUCAAGUCCUCUGUUGUACGGCGCUGACAAAGCCAAGUGCAAGACGCAACAUUAGUACAAAGUGUUUUCUUCUCCUGGCAAGACUAUCUUCAAUUUUAAGGAAAUAGAGAGUAACUUAACCGAAGGGACCGGACACGAUAAAAGAACGGUUGCAUUGAAGAUGGCAUCAGUGAAUGACUCCCGCGUGCAGCAGCCAUCGCAGAAGGACGCGGCCGAUCAGAACUUCGACUACAUGUUCAAGCUGCUGAUCAUCGGCAACAGCAGUGUGGGCAAGACCAGCUUUCUGUUCCGCUACGCCGAUGACUCGUUCACCCCGGCUUUCGUCAGUACGGUGGGCAUCGACUUUAAGGUCAAGACUGUGUUCCGCAACAACAAGAGGAUCAAGCUACAGAUCUGGGACACAGCAGGACAAGAGAGGUAUCGCACCAUCACCACAGCUUACUACAGAGGAGCCAUGGGCUUCCUGCUCAUGUAUGACAUCACCAACCAGGAGUCCUUCAGCGCCGUGCAAGACUGGGCCACCCAGAUUAAGACGUACUCGUGGGAUAACGCCCAGGUGAUACUGGUGGGGAAUAAGUGUGACCUGGAGGAUGACCGCCUAAUCCCCACAGAAGACAGCCAGCGACUGUCUGAUGAGCUAGGAUUUCAGUUUUUUGAGGCCAGUGCCAAGGACAACAUCAACGUGAAGCAGGUGUUUGAGCGCCUGGUGGAUGUGAUCUGUGAGAAGAUGAACGAGAGCAUGGAGGGCGAGAGGGUGCAGCCCAAAAGCUACGCCGACUCCAGCCUGCAGGAGGCAGCCUCUGAGAGCCACGGAGCCUGUGCCUGCUGAACUGUGUGACAGACCCACCUCCAUACACAGUCAAACCCCACCUCCAUACAGUCCAAACCCACCUCCAUACACAGUCCAAACCCACCUCCAUACAGUCCGAACCCACCAUACACAGUCAAACCCCACCUCCAUACAGUCCAAACCCACCUCCAUACACAGUCCAAACCCACCUCCAUACACAGUCCAAACCCACCUACAUACACAGUCCAAACCCACCUCCAUACACAGUCCAAGUGCUCUACCCAAUCCCAGGUGUUUCUGAGUGACGGGCUACAAACACAUACUGUACAUACACUCAUACACUAUCACAGACCUUCUUAAAAGGAAACGGACUCUCAUGAAUGCAAACAUGCAACCCACACACAACAUGAUUAACUGAGGUCUUGGUUGGGUCAAAAUGAAGGAAAAGCACACACACACCCAUACACCAACUUGUAGCGACAUCUGUUACUGGCUCUUAACUUGGCCUCUUCAUCAAAAACCACUGAAACAGAAGCCCAGUGAUAACCUGGGGACACACCCACAUGCACACACAUAGGCCAUUCACUACCACCACCACAAUGCCCCCCACCCAGACCUUCUUCAGCGCCCCCCUCCCACAUGUUUGCUGGGUUUGCUGGAUAAACUCAAGCACCCCUAAAGAAAGCCCCAUGCUUUUUGUCGUAGCUGUUAAACCAAAACAUUGGUUGUGUGAGCCUGAUAUUCCAGCUCAUGCAUGCACACACACAGGCACAUACAAACCAUUUAGUCCUUGACUGCCUCCUUUACAUAUAUCAUCCGUUUGUGUUCAUUGCAUGUGAUGCAGCAGGCUUUGCCCGACGUUUAUACAAGAAACAUGCGCAAAUCUCUGAAUGUGACAUUCUGCUUCUUUGACAUGCACUCUCAGUCUUCAUUUUUAUGUGAAUGUUUGUGUGCACUGAACGUGCCUUUAAACUUUACAUUUGUCACAACAAGUCAUUCCCUGUCACAGCUGGUGUUAUUGGAAUGAGAGGAAGUGUGUGUGUGUGUGUGUGUGUGUGUGUGUGUGAGAGAGAGAGGUUGAUGGAGAAAUAUAGAGUCUCUCUUUCUAAUCAAAUCUUCAUCCAUUGGCAGGAGGGUGCCAUCAGAGUGGCAUGCUUGCUGCAGGAGUCGUUUGGUGUCACUGCAGCCUGUCUUUGUCCCACCCUUUAUCUCAUGAGGUUCAUUGGGUCUGUGUGUCCCAUUGUGCCCCCUCUACUUCUGCCCUCUACUACCCCCGUCCCUGACCUUGAGUCAUAACCUCCACUCAAAUACGCACCCCUCUGCUUUAUGGUUGGUUUAUGUACAUCAGACCAACACUGUGAUUUUGGUGUAACGUGUCUAUUGCUGCAUAUGCUUUCUGUGAAAUAGAUAUACAUCAUCCCAUGCUUAAAUAUGAUGUGUGACAGACAGUACAUGUCAUCGUAAUGGAGAUGCGUAAUUCCUUUUAGUUGUUUCAUCUCAGCGGAUGUGCUAGCUGCAGUGUUGUGGGGUGUAUAUAAUCUUAUUAAUGGAGUGUGUGUGUGAUGGCAUACCGUCUUAGUUUCCUCUUCAUGUCCAUCUGGUUUGAAAAGCAUCACCAGAUCUUGUUGGAUAGAGUUCUGAAAGCUGAAGACACACAUGAGUGUGUCUGAAUUGCGUGUGCAAAUUGUCUGUGUCUGUGUCUUCUCGCUCACUACCAAGCUUUCCAUGGUUCAAGUUAUUAGCCACUGCCGCUACACAGUACCUUGCACCCUGGUUUUUCCAACUCUCUAUUACCCUCUUUCAGGAGCCCUGUGCGUCUCUUGGCUACAUUCCUCUAAUACAUACAACAAUGACAAUGACACAAUGUGAAACAUUUAUAGAUCACUUGUUUUGCUAUUCCACUGACACCAAUCAGCACACAUUGAAUUAACACUACUUUACUUGGUUACUUUUUCCUGUUCCAGGAAGUGCAGCUAAUGUGUUCCCUUGUCCCAUCUGUGUGGUGCCAAAGAUACAUUGCUUUAUGCAGUGAAGUUGUACAAUUUUCUACUCACAGAUUGUGUGAGGCAUGUGGAACAUGUUUCAGGGUGCUGUUGGUGGGACACUAUUGUACUCCUGUGUGUUCAGCUCAAACGCUUGUUCAUUUUAGUUAUACACUGAGGCUCAGACCUACAUACUGGAUCUACUGUAUUCACACUGGAGGUAGUGCUUUUUUUAAGGGGGUGAGAAGCUAAAGGUAUGUGCUUAAAUAUUUAUGUGUUAUAUUCACCCCCAUACAACAACUGUUAAGACUUACUGAUUUAACAGUAUUGAGUCAAGUAAGUCUACUCGCUGUCAAAAUUCAAAAUGACUUGAAGAGCAGUUAUCCUUGCAGUUGAGUUUUUACUUUAAAACGAUUAUAAUGCUGUUUUUGUGUCUCAUCCGGUGUGUCACAUUAAGUCUUAUACUGUGGUUUGCGAAAGUGGCAGAAAAGUGUAUCUCCUUCUGUGUGUGAGAUGGUGUGGAAAUUGGAUAUCCAUGUCUUUUAAGUGUGUAUAAGAAACCUUGCCAACUGAAAUGUGUUGAUACAUUUGUUUACAAAAAUAAAGUUAGCAUUUAUUGCAAAAGGGAA